AUGGUGGAUGACAUCAUCGCCGGCUGGGCAAGCGAGCUGGAGGCGCGCUCCGCGUCCUUCACCAAGCACGCCGCCGCGCUGGCGGAGUGGGACGCCGUUAUCCUCUCGAACCGCCGCUCCCUGCUCGCUCUGGAGCAGGAGGUCCGCAAGGUCCUGCAUGCCCAGGAGGCGCUGGAGCGGAAGCUGGCCAUGCUGGACACACAUCAGCGCGGCAUCCAUGAGACGCUGACGGGGAUGGAGCACGAGGCCGCCAGGCUGGCUCAGGAGGAGGCCGGCCUCCAGGACGAAGGGACGCGGGACCGGGAUGUGCUCUACGCCCGGGCAGAGCGGGUGGGGGCCCAGCUGGCGGACCUGGGGGCGCUCCUGCAUCGCACCGUGGCCGAUAUCAACGCCAACACCGCCGCGAGCCUGGGCGACACCGACUCGCCGCUGGGCAAGGUGGUGCGCAUCCUGAACAACAACCUGCAGGCCCUGGCGCUCAUAGACGCGCGGACCGAGGAGGCGCGCGUGCGUCUCAACAGCCUGCGCGCCAGCCGCUGA